UCAGACCAGGGACAGGGAGUGUAAUGUUAUGAAAGUGGCAGGAAGCCAAACAAAUGCCAUUAAAACUGUUCCUGGGGCAGCAGAGAAGUUCCUGGGCCAUGGAAGAGGGAAGGCAUGAGGGCAAAUGAUGGACACACACAGAUGUGCCUUUACCUGUCAUUCCCUGUGACAGUGUUUUGGAUCUCCAAUCAAGCAGAAUACUUUGAGGAAUAUGUGAUCAAAAGGAAGAGAGAGAUCUAUCCGCCAGAAGAGAAGAUGCGUCGCAAAGAGUUGGAAGAUUUCAAGGAACGAAUGAGAGAAAAACGGGAACAAAAAUUACUGCGUGCCCUCGAAACCCAGAAAACACAAGAACAGUAAAGCAGAGUCAAUAUUGCACAGGCUGUCACCAUGUCUUCAAUUAAUUGAAGUGUUGAAACUUUGCAAGACUUUUUUUCUCUUCUCUGAGAUUCUUUAUCAGUCGUUGAUUAUUGCAUAAAAGCCACUGUACGUAACACACUGAUCUUAAGUUAUUUUUUACAAAAUAAAAGUAAUACAUAGCUAUAA